AUGGAGUCUAUUGCACAACGCCCUCCUAUUAUUAUUUUGGACCGUAUUAUUUAUUACCUUAAGCCCGGAAAAUCCAUACGUGUUGGCCAGCAUGGUCUGAAACCGGCAUAUGCGACCCUAAUGCCAGUGUCUCAUGUUUGCCAGUCAUGGAGACAGACUUCCCUCGGCCAUAUAUUCCGUUGUGUUUAUGUAGGCACCAAUACCCAGCCGUCGCUUAACUGGGCUCAUACCCUUGGUGUCUAUGAUAGAAUUAAAGAGGUCACCUUAGGAUUUAAAACUGCGCGUAUAUUUAAUGGCUCAGCAGUAGCCCAGUUAAAGCAGCUCAUACCAUGCGACCUCACAUUCUCGAACGUUUCAAAUCUCAGUUUAAACCUUGGUGGAAGUUCUUAUAGAGUGAAGGCCCCAUUGGCCAAACUACGUUCUGAUAAAUUCAUUGAUGAGCUAUUCCGCAUAUUUCCAUCCAUUACACACAUUGAAGUGAAGCCCGAUGUCCAUACGUCACGUGAACCUCUUCCUCCAUAUUUAGUCAAUCUCAUACAGCGUCUAUUGACCGGAAGGUCUGCAAUCGCAACCACGGGAUACCUUUUGGAUGAGGCUCUACCGCUCCCUCAAAACUCACCCCCGCUGCAGAGCUUGACCACCAGUAUGUCUGGUUGGAUGAAUAAAGUCUUCUUACUUAUUCGUCGAAACUCGCAGUCUCUGCAAAGACUGCACCUUGAUCUGAGUGCAUCCGUCCUGAUCAGACGCGUUGUGACUAACAGCGAUGGCUCAGUGGUUGUGUAUCCCAAACUCCAUGAUCUUCGCCUAAAGACUGCUGAAGGGUUCUUUCGUAUGACAGCACGCCCGUCAAUUGACGGGGUGCCAUUCCCAGCAUUGAGAUCGUUGGCUAUCCAUGGGCGUUAUCCAUUCUCAGACGAUACCCCACUGCGUGGAUCAGAGGAUUCGCUUAUAUUCUUGGAUUUGCAUGUAUGGAACAAUACGGUCGACCUUUUCAGCCAUGUAAAUCUAAUGGACAAAGGGCGAUUUAAGGCACUAGAAGUUGUGAGACUCGCGGAUUCAUCUAUUACAUCUGGCACAGUUACUGAGGAUCGUGCUUCUCGCGUACUCCGUGCUUUCCACCGGACACCAGUGAUCGAGGUCAGCAACAGUGUUUAUUUUGACUACGCCGUUCUUCAGCCACAUAUCGAUAGCUUCGCCCCAACCCUCCGUUCUCUGAAGAUCCCUGGAGUGAAAUGUACUUCUGAGCAAGUUCUUCACUUGAUUGGCUCACUGCCAUUCCUUCGCGAGCUUUCAGUGACUUGUCGCAGAAAUGCUGCUUUGGGGGACACAGCAGAUCUACCAGACAUGGUCAAAUCUCUGGUGCAGGUGGGCUUGACAAAAAACGACGCCGUCAAUCUCAUUGGCCACAUUUGCCGGGCUAUGACCAGUGCUAGCAGUGCAGCUCUACCUGGUUCUCCCAUCUCUAAGACUCUGCAAAGUAUUACCAUCUUUCCCAGCGAGUGUGAAGGACAUGUACAGUCUGCACGGCUGGACAAUCAGUCUAGCGUUACGGUGCCCAACAGUCCGCACUUUUCGCUCAUUUUCCUGUAAUGAUAUUGUCAUAUCGCGC